AUGUUUCCCAUGAACGACGAGUCAGCGAUGAAAGAGCGCAGCGAAGAGGAUGUUGAUUAUUUAUUCCUUGCAAGCGUCGAUUCUUCUUCUUCGUCAGAAGAUGAGAGUGAAAGCGGUGAUAUCCUCAAUGUGAGCUGUCACAGUAAUCACUUUAAAAGGAUGAAGGCCGAACCGGAUCAAUGCGAUGUGUUCGCCAUAAAACGAAGAAAAUUUCACACACAGCUAGACCUCCUCGAUUCAGAUCUGAUGUUGAUGACUGUUGACGUGAGCAAACCAAGCAACGCUGUCGAAGAAUCGUCACCUCGUCCAGUUCGACGUCCAAGGAAAGUGCCGCGGAGUAAGCGAAUGUCGAAAAAGACUGAUGUUGUCUCAACUUCAAUCAAUGGAUAG